AUGGCAUUGCCUCUACCUCCGGGCCUCGUGCCCGCCGAAGUGGCUUUCCUGUGCGAAAUGGAGCUCGUCACAAUUGUCCCCCGCCAGCGGCUAGAAAGCAUCGAUCUCCUAAGCGGUGCAACUCCAGCUUUGCGGCCCCCGGCACGUGCCAACUUGCCUCUCUGGCUGGCACUCCUCCUCAAGAAGCAACGGCGAGCAAACAUUGUCCCUCCGCAGUGGCUCCAUCCGACCUCCCUCGCCAAGAUCGUACACCAAGAAACGACCCUCGAACCCGACGCCUUCUCUGCUCCCCCACCACCUCCGAUGCGCGCCGACAGCAGAGGCAAUGCCCGUCGACUAGGCGCGACUCUCGACGAAACCCUGUCACCGCCGUUCCUGCCGUCAUGUACAGCCGAUGCGCCCCCGAAUGCUCUUCCUUACCACUGGUUCGAGCUCGCCGAGGUCCUACUGGCCCACGCAUCCGACGACAUACCUUCCACUUCCGAAGUGAGAUCUCUCCUCAAGGACCUUCAGGAAGUUCGCUCCGCCAAGAUGCGUAAGAGUACGCAGGACUUGUCUAACGGCGUGAGCGGUGUCAUGAGUCUGCGCGGAGUUGGUGCGAUGGAGCUGGCCGAGAGUCGCGGCUUCUUCUUGGGCGUCAUAGAGGGCGUACGGAAGAUUGGCGCCAGUGCGGAGGCUAGCAGACGUGAGGAAGAGGAGGAACGGGGCAGCGGGGACGGCGAUUACGACGAAGACGAAGAUAUGCUAUGA